AUGGCUCAGACAACGCUGGACGACUGGGCGCAGGAUACUGUGAACCCAGAAGUUCGCGCUCACGUCUCUAGUCUAAUAUCUGCUCUCGGUGGUAUUGGCGAUGACGGCACGUAUGCACUCGGACACGACGCCCUGCUCUGCCUCAAGGACCUACGGAAAUGGCUGAAGUUCGCCGACGGGCAGUACAAUCGACGCGAUGUAGCACGAUGCAUGGCCGAAGCAAACUUCGUAAAGGGCGACUUGCUUGAGAUACUGGCCAAGAUAUCACCAACUGUCAUGGAAAGCGCCUGGAAGCACAAGAUUGCGGUUGCGACAUUGGAACUUCUCGUGCCUUUGACUUGGCCCAACGAGAUCGACCCCACCGAAGCGACCGUAAACCACCACCGACAUGGGCCUUAUAUCGGGCUCGCCCAAAUUGGCUACAAACGUGCUAUUCUGCAAUUCGACCGAGACAGAACCCUGCAGACUGCUGUCAAGAUCGCGCUCCCUUCUAUGGCCGUACCCCUCCGAGAACGCACACCACGAGACGAGGGUAUCAUCCGAAUCGCACUAUACUUCAUACGCAACAUCGCCAUGCUCGCGCCCCCAAACAAUGCACACAUGGACACCGACGAAGCUGAAGUCUCCCGAUCUGCAACGAUUGAUACUUUCCACGAGCAGGAUAUAUUCCAGGUCAUUCUGAGUAUCGCGUCAAGCAUCGGGGAGGACUUUGUUACCCAAGACGUCGUAAUCCUCGAAAUCCUGUUCUUCUUGCUCAAGGGCAUCGAUGCUGAGAAGCUGUUCAUGGAAGAUAAGAAGCUUAACACUAAGAACACGGACGAGCUCAAGGGCUUGAUCCAGAAGGAAAAGGCCAUGCUUGCAGGGUACGCUCGCAAUGCACCAACCCGGCACAACCGAUUCGGAACGAUGAUCUGGAUGAAGAGGGACGACGAGAAGGUCACUACGAUAUCUGGGCAGGAUGUACUAGGCAAGGCUCAGGCUAGCAUGCAGAAGAUGGACGAUACAAAGAAGUGGAACAAACCCAGACGGCCCGGGAAGAAGCAGGCCGAUGAAGAGAGAGAGGAGUUUGAUCUUCCGGUACCACUGACUUCUUCUGCGCGGAAACAUAUCAAAGCGUUCGUCGAGGAGUUCCUCGACUCGUCCUUUAACCCUCUAUUCCUGCAUCUGCGGAAAGCUAUCGAGCGCGAAACGGAGCGUGUGGAAACACGACACUCCAGGCAGUUCUUCUACCUCGUAUCGUGGUUUCUGCGAGCAGAGUGCGCACGGCGGAGGACGAUGAAGGAGAGGGCCGCAGACCCGAAGAGUCCUGAAGUUCUGUCUGCUGAAGAUGAGAGCUACGGACUAGUGGCUGAAGUCAUGAAUCAGGAGACUUUCAUCCUACUCAACCGCUUCAUGCAGAAGAGUCAGGACGAGAAGGCAUGGCGAGACCUGAACGCCGGGCUGAAAUGCUUCACGCAAAUCUUGCUCACUGUGCAUGAGAUGUCCGAGUCGGGCCUUGAGGAAGACCAAGAGAUUGCCGAGAACAUUCAAAACCGUAUCUUCUACGAAGAAUCAACACAUGACAGGAUAGUCAUGAUCCUGAGGUCAUACAAAGAUCAAGGCUUUGGCUACCUUGAUGCAGUCACGGAGCUUUCCCAUGUCUUCUUGCGGAUGCUCGAGCGCUAUGCAAAGCAGAACGUUGACAUGCAAAUUCGAUCGAAACGACGAGCCCGAAAGAUCAAGAAGAAGAAAGCGGAAAAGCAGGGCGAAGACGGAGAGGAAGAGGGUAACGUUUCUGAGACUGAAGACCUCCAACAAGCCCAAAAGACGGUUUCUGAACGCAAGUUCGAUUUCAUGAAGUUCUCGGCGAAGUUUGUGAACCAAAGUAGCGUUAACACGUUCGUUGCCUUUGCCAAGUACUUCAGCGACCUCGAUACUGAGCAGCUCAAGCGUGCGCAUCGCUUCUUUCACCGUGUCGCUUUCAAGAUGGAGCUUGGUGUCUUGCUGUGCAGGGUGGACAUCCUGGCGCUUUUCAACAAGAUGAUGAAAGGUCCAGGUGGUCUUGAUCCAGAGUCGCCAGCUUACAGAGAGUGGGAUGAUUUUGUCAAACACUUCUUCAGGCAGGUUGUAAAGAGAGUACAAGAGAGGCCAGAGCUGGUAGUCGAGAUGCUGUUCGACAAGAUCCCUGCAACCAUCUUCUUCCUUGAGCACGGAUUUGAUCGCGAGAUACACACUCGAGCGCCACGAGCUCCGGCAGAGCUUGAGGUCAAACCUGGAAUGGAGCUACCUGAUCAGAUUGGUGUCGCUGUUGGUGUUCUUGUUAAUCAGUCAAAGUCGGAUGCUCUCCGCUGGGUACGAGACGUGCUCACAUCAGCAGCUGAAGAGCGCAAGGCGUGGGAAGAGGCAGCUGAAGCACAAAAGGCGUUGGUGGGUGACGUAGAGGAGCGUCCAGAAGGCGAGGCACCUGAGAACGCAGACACUGAAACCUCGAAGCCGCCAUCGAUCUUCAUCAAGCAUGAUACCGAAGAACGCCGCGUCGCUAUGUUCAAAGAUAAUAAAUUACGACUGCUCAUGAACCUAGUCGGUUUCGAGAGAUUAGGAGAACAUCACGAUCCGGACGCUUCAUGGAUCAUACCUUCAUCCCUUACCUCAACGCAAUUACAAGAAGCCAUCGAUCUCAUUCGCAAGUAUGAAUUCGAUCCUCCAACAUAUGAGGACGGCAAAGCGCCAGAAGAUUUGCUACGUAGCAAGGCUGCAUCCGCUCGACGCUCCACUCGUCGGGCUGAGUUUGAUGAUGACUCUGACGGCAUAGACCGCGACGAGGAAGAGGACCAUGGAGAGUAUGCCAAGGGUGGUCCCACUGAGAGAGAUGCAGACGCCCCUCGCAAGACACUGAAGCGACGACGCCGAAGGAAUAGUCCUGUGGAGCUUGACGACGAAGAGAAGGACCGCAGAGCCGAAGCACGUCGCAAGAAGGAAAUCGAGAAGCAAGCCAAAGCAUUAAGUACCAUGUAUGUGCAUGACUCAGACGACGAGGACUGGGACGCUGAGAAGGAUGCCGCUUUCUUCGCGCGAGAACAGGCGAUCCGCGAGGAAAACAUGAAGGUCUUCAAGAAGUCGCUUGUACUUGGAACCGUGGAGCCAGUCGCAUCCAAAAAGCGAAAAGCUGAUGCACCGGCCAAGAAGAGCAAGAGGAGAAAAAGUCCACCGAAACGGAAAGCGCCAUUCGCCGAUAGUGACGACGAUAUGGAAGAUGCAGAGAGCAGUCAGGCUCCUUCCGUGGUUGAUGGUAAUGAGGAGGAAGAUGAGGAUGAAACUACAGAUACGCCACUUUCAUCGCAGAACGCUGGGGCAGCAGCAGCACUUAGUGACGCGGACACGCCCAGGAAGCCAGCGAGUGAUACCGCGACGAAGAGCAGCGAUGCUGCAAUGCCAGACGCAGAUUCAGAUGACGAUGAUGACGACGAUGCACCGGUAGCGCGUAGACCAGCGGCGGCGCGCAAUAUGAGGGCUGGCUUUAUCGUUGACAGUGACUCGGAGUAA